AUGUGCUUCUAUACUACAGUGGAUGCGUCUGUGACAAUCGAUUCUUCAACAACGAAUAUCAGCGACAUUAUAUAUACAGCGACAGUAUCGGAUGAUGAGGGAGAUCCUAUUACAAUGUCUUUAAUAUGUGACCCAACAGCUUGUCCCUUUGCUAUCAAUAACAAUGGUGAAAUAACAAUAACAAGUGACCCCAGUCUUCUGACACAGACAACUUAUACCUUCAUUCUCACAGCAGACGACGGUUUCAGCACAGUGACGUCAUCAAAUAUUUCUGUCACAAUUACAAAUAUAAAUGUGAAGCCAGUUAUAACGAAUCUACCAGCACCAACGCAAACGGUAUUAGAGAACCAGGCUGCCGGAACGCUUGUUUUUCAGGUGUCACAGUCAGAUGCCAACGGGGACACGCCCACUUUCUAUGCUACAUUUAGCAGUACAGCUUGUGCCGGAAUGUAUGACGUCAAUUCUACUGAUGGCAGUGUAACGACUCUUGCGUCGCUUGAUUACGAGACCGAUACGUCAUGUACGUUAACUAUAACCGUAUCUGACGGAGUGGCUACGUCAGACCCAGAAACGCUCACUAUUGACGUCGGGGAUGAGGACGAACCACCGAUCUUCACAAGUAAUGCGUACGUCAUCACUACAGAGGAAGUUGCGGAUGGAACGACAUUGCCAGACGUGGGGAUAUCCGCCACCGACCCUGAAGGCACGGCAGUAUCUUUAUCAUUGAACUGCGCAUAUGUUGACAUUGAUAGUGUUUCUGGUAUCGUUACCAUGACAACGAAUUAUGACAUCGAAACAUCAGCUACGAAUCCUUACACGAUCGCUUGUAUAGUUACAGCAACGGAUGCUACAAGCCAGACGUCAACAGCCACACUUGACGUCAUUAUUAGUGACGGCAAUGAUAAUGCGCCAGUAUUUACUGAGGCCAUCUACACUUCAUAUAUUGCCGAAGGUCAUACUGGAUACGGCAUAAUUGAAAACGUCAUUGCAGCUGACGCCGACAGGACAUCACCCAAUAACGUUAUUACGUUUUCUAUGACCCCUACAACAAGUUUCAGUAUUGGGGGGUCUGGCGAAAUACAGAACAUAGUCGAUUUAUCAGGCGACACAGCCGGAACAACCUACACCCUGACGGUAACAGCCACUGACGGCGGGUCACCCUCUCUUUCAAGUACCGCUACUGUUAUUAUUUCCGUUUUAACCACAACGACUACAACAACAACAAUGGCUGCAACAACAACUUCCGGUAGCGGACUCUUCUCUGACACCGCAAAUAUAGUGCUUUUCGCGCUUGCUGUAUUUGCUGCCGCACUUCUGUCGGUUCUGGUUGCACUUUUUAUUUGGCGAUAUUGCUGUAGACAAAGGUUAAUAGGGAAAACGUCUUGUAUAUCGAGAAUUGGUCCAAAGGAAAACAAUUUGCGAGAUUCUUUUAAAGGUCACUCGGAGAGUGGCAGCACUAAUAACUUACGUAGCCCAUCACCAAGAAAUGUCACGCCUUCUCAUCAUAAUGACGUAUAUAUCAACCAUGUAUCGGAGGACACGCCUAGAUAUAAGGGGGACAACUAUGUCAUGACACCAAGAUGGCUGGAAAAACAGUUUAUGAAAUAAAUUACUGCAAAACAUUUGCGAAGACAAUACAGUCACUAUUAUUCCGGUGUACUAAUUAUAACAGUAUUCUUUUGCUGGAGUUGUUUUUGGCAUUCGAUUAUAAGAGGACGUUUCUGACAAAAUGUGCGACAUGUGUCUUUGAAUGCAACGGCAAUUAAUUCUGAAAUAAAUAGCAUUUUUAUCAUUGGCAGGAGGAAACUGACUGCUUUGUUCUAUAAAGCUUGGCAGUUAGCUGUCAAAAUAGGUAGUUGCAUCUGUGAUCACCGUUCUUUUAGAUUUCUAUAAUAUUUUUUUCUCAAACUUUGCAAUUGAAAAUUAGAAAGCAAAUGUGCACACGUUUAACAAUAUUUUAUUUCAACACGUUUAUUUGUUAUGCACAGUUAUAAGUUAGACUUUCAUCCCAUUUAUUACACCGAUUUCAACACUUUCAUGUUCUGUUAUAUGUAUUUAUUUGUCUCUGGUUUAAAUUUUCAUACUACUUACAUUAUCAAACAAGUGAAAUAUUAAGUUGCGUUCAAGUUCGUUUUGUUGUAUAUAACUAGUAGGCGAAAUGCAAGGUGUUGCUACAAAUAUGUUUUUGCUGUAUCUACUCCUAGUUUUUCAUAGGUUUCAUUGAGUCGAAUGUUUUUCUCCAGUAUGCCACAGGUAUUUAUUUAAAGUUCAAUGAACAAAACACCAAGGCUGUAAAAUGAAAUACUUGUUGAUACCAUUGUGGCUUUUUAUUCUUCUAUCAAAAAAGGUCCG